GAGUCCAUCGCGGACAAAUAUCGUGACAGGAGAUUUAUAUAUAUUAAGAUUAUAAGUUAAUCAAAUGGGCCGGCUAGUGUAAUAAAGUUGCGGACACUUAAUCUUAUCACUGGAAUCUUAGUUGCUAAGCCACCAGCUACUUGGUAUCUUUUUAAAUAAAGUAACAAUAUUUUACACUAGAAUAAACCAAGAAUCUAUUAAAAUGUGUAGUAAAUACAGUGAUGCAGAAGUUACAAUACGCCGCGCUAAAAAGGACGAUAUGGUCGCUGUCGCCGACAUGGUACAAGAGCUUGCUGACUUUGAGAAAAUGCCCGAUGGCCCUAAAAUUUCAGCUAAAGAUAUGCAAAGAGAUGGGUUUGAGGCAGAUCCACCAGCUUUUAAAUGCUUAGUAGCAGAAGUUACAAAGGAAGAGGAAACAUUCAUAGCAGGAUAUGCUCUUUACUUGCCUAUAUACUCCACUUGGGAGGGGCGCUCCAUGUUGUUGGAGGACCUGUAUGUGAAAGCCAGUGAGCGUCGACUUGGCAUAGGCAACAGAUUGUUUGAUGCUGUUGCUAAGGAAGCAUAUUCUGAGGGUUGCUGCAGGGUUGAUUUCCACGUUUUGGAGUGGAAUAAUGCAAGAUCAUUUUAUGAAAGCAAAGGAGCAGUAAACUUGACAGGUUCAGAGCAAUGGUGCCUGUACCGCCUCACAGGAGAAGCUUUACUGAAGUCAGCACAACACGGGCGGGAGAAAUAAAACAAGACAAAUAAGUGCACUAAUAGUUUUAAUGUAAUAUUGUACAUUUCUCUUCAUAACUAAGAGAUCCAUUUGUAUGUUGUUAUAAAAAGUUGUUUUUAAAUAAAGUGUUUGAAAAAUGCA